UAGAUUUCUUUGCUUCUUCUUGUCAUUUACUUUCCGAUACUUUCGGCUUCCUUCGCGACGAAAUAUUCUUCGUUCGGUCCUUCGUAGACUUAAUCUCCAAGCUUCAAACAGGAAUUUAAACGGAGAUGGGAGAAGGAUCGCUACAUGCCUCAAAGUUGCUUGAAAUGUUCAGGGCCGAUGCCAUGGUUCAAUCUGACGACGAGCUCCCGAGUGGCGGCGGCUGUAGCGACGGGGGUUCCAGCCCCCGAUACCACUCCGACACCCGGCCGCCCAGCGGCGAGGCCUCCCCUAACGGUCUUUUCCCGUGGAGCCCCGGCUGCGCAUCCCCCUUCGCCAAGUCACCGUGGGCCUUCCUCCCCGCGCCCGUCUCUGCGGAGGAGACCGCCGGCGCUCGACUCGUCGGAUCGCUUGUGCGUGAGGAGGGACACAUAUACUCCCUCGCUGCCGCCGGAGGGCUCCUCUACGCCGGCUCCGAAAGCCGCAACGUCCGCGUCUGGAAAGGCCAGCGCGAGCUCUCCGGCUUCAAGUCCAGUAGCGGUCUCGUCAAGGCCAUCGUACUCGCCGGCGAAAGGAUCUUUACAGGGCAUCAGGACGGCAAGAUUCGCGUGUGGAGGAAGACCGCGUCGGCCGAACACAAGCGCGUGGGGACGCUCCCCAGGCUGAGGGAUUUCCUGCGGAGCUCCAUCAACCCCAGCAACUACGUGGAGGUGCGCCGCCACCGCAGAGCCGUGUGGCUUCGCCACUUCGACGCGGUUUCGUGCUUAAGCCUCGACGAGAAGGCCGGCGUCUUAUACUCCGGGUCGUGGGACAAGACGGUGAAGGUGUGGCGGAUAUCGGACUCCAAGUGCCUCGAGUCCAUCAAGGUUCAUGACGACGCCGUCAACUCCGUUGCGACCGGGUUCGGGGGAAUUCUGUUCACGGGGUCGGCGGACGGCACGAUGAAGGUGUGGAGAAGGGAGGCGGUCGGGAAGACGGGAGCCACCAGGCAUGUGUUGGUGCAGACGCUGCUGCAGCAGGAGAGCGCGGUAACGUCAGUGGCGGUCGCGGAGUCUGCGGGGACGGUGUACUGCGGCUCGUCGGACGGGUCGGUUCAUUACUGGAGGUGGGAGGGCGCGAGGCGGCGGCUGGCUUACGGUGGUGCGCUCCGGGGACACCGGAUGGCGGUCCUGUGCCUCGCGGCGAAGGGUAGCCUGGUGGUGAGCGGGUCCGCUGACAAUACCCUGUGCGUGUGGAGGAGGGAGGAGGGGACCGGCGGAGGGCGGUACUCGAUGAUGGCGGAGCUCAAGGGCCACGAGGGCCCCGUCAAGUGCCUGGUGGUGGAGGAGGAGGGCGACCGGUCGGACGAGCCGCGGUACGUGGUGUACAGCGGGAGCCUCGACAAGUCAGUCAAGGUGUGGCAGGUGGUCGAAUGGGAGGUGACGGCGGAGGAGGUCCCCGAAGAGGAGUCGCGGCCGUCGUUGUCGGUGAAGACCGACGCGAGCGACGGUACCUGGCACCGCAAUAGGGAGAAGGUGAUUGGGUUGGGUUCGUCGUCGAUCCGCCACUGCGUACCCCAGCGAUCUGCUAGUGUUGGGAUGUUGUUCGAGGCGCACGUGUAAAAUACGUAGAGGAUACUAUCGUACUAUCUUGUGCGAGCAAAAGCCGAACAGAAUUGUUGGUGAGCACGUGAUAAAUGUGGACUAUUAUAAUAUUAGUUCAUGUGUC